AGAGGAAAAGCUACCUUCGAACAAAACAAGCAGAAUGUCAAUUUUUCGUUUAUUCAUAAAGGUUAUUAAUAUUUCUCCAGAUGAAAACUUUUCAUUGAAAUCAGCAGAGAUAAGAAAGAAUAAAGAUGUAACUAUUCGUCCAAUGAAAUUAGAAGAAUUUGACCGUGUUGCAGAAAUAUAUCUUAAUGGUUUCAGAAAUAAAUAUGUAUAUUUAGUUGGAGAGAAAUAUCUACAAACUGCACAAAAUUUAUACAUAAAACAUUUAAAAUCAGAUAAAAAUAUAAGAAAUGGUCACUACGUUGCUAUGGUUAAUAAUGAAAUUAAAGGAAUAUGCAGAAUUAGAACAUUUAAAGACCCUGAAAAUAUAUUUACCUUCGACAUCUUUAAAUCCUUGCUGACGCUACCAAUUCUAAGUCUUUUCAAAGCUCUUUUCAGCUUGCUUACUGUAGAUUAUAUAGAAAGAUGCGAAAAAAACGAAGGUUAUGUUGAUAUUUUGGCUGUAGACAAUACUUAUAGAGGAAAAGGAAUAGGACAAAGUCUUUUAUCAAGGGCCGACGAAGAAUGCUACAAAAGAGGAUGUACAAAAAUAUCAUUAUUGGUAGUGUUGUCUAAUUUUAGAGCUAGACGUUUGUACGAAAAACAUGGUUAUGUACCCACAAAACUCUAUUUAGGAAGAAGAAUAUUUUUGUUUGGAACUGAGGUAAACAAUGCUAAUGAAAUAAUUGGCUUUUUCAAAAUGGAGAAGAAUCUGGAAGCACUACAAAACUAA